CCCACCCCACCCCCCCUGCUUUUGUGGUUGUUGCCAACCUUCUCAUUCCCUUCUUUUUUCCUGGUUUAGUACUUGUUUUUCUUCUCACUUUCUUUUCUCAUUCAGCUUUCUUCAUUUCCCAUCAUUAUUAAUCCAUGGCUACUGAGACUGUUGCAUCAGAUCAUCUUGCCCCUGCUGAGAUGAAGAAAGUUGAAGCAGAGUGUGAAUCAGCAGAAGCAAAGAUAGAGGAGAAGAAAAUUGAGGGUGAUGUCAAGGAUGGUGUUGCUGAGGAAAAGGUUGAGGAUAAGGCUGUCGCGGUCGAAGAUGUGAGGGCUGCUCCCGAACCAACUCAAGAAAAGGUCGAGGAUAAGAAGCCGGUGGAAGAGGAAUUAACGAAAGAGAAGCUCGAUGAUAAGGUUGAAUCAGCUCAAGAAAAGGUUGAUGACAAGAAAGUCGAGGAUGUUCCAGUGGUCGAAGCAGAACCUGAGCCUGCUCCUGCUGAGAAGCAAGUGGAGGAGAAGUGUGUUGAGGAGUCUAGUGAAGUGAAGUUGGAGGAGCCAGCAAAAGUGGUUGAUGGGCCAGCUGAGGUUAUUGAGAAGAAAGAGGAAAAGGCCGAAGAAACGCCUGCUCAAGUGGUCGAAGAGGCAGUUGAGCAAGUAGAGAAAGGGGCCGAACCAACUGAAUGUUCUGCUGAGCCAGCCAAAUCUGAGGCUGAUCCGGCUUCCCAAACCGAAGAAAAUAAAGUAGAAUCGAAUGUGAAAACAGAAGAGAAAGGUGCUGAGGCUGAGAAGAUUGAACCAAAAAGUGAUGUGGCUGAAGAGAAAAGUGUUGUGGCUGAAGAAUUGGUAGAGGCUGAUGCAAAGCCAGAAACUGAAGCUGUCGAAAAGGCCUGUGGAGACGAAGCGACACCCAAAGACAUCAAACCGGAGGAGGCAGCAAAAGAUGAAGCCAAAUUGGUGGAAGAGAAAAAAGUUGAUGAGACAGUAAAGGAAACUGUUGAAACUAAGGUGAAGACUCAGAAGCAGUCUCUUGUUAAGAUCGUGAAGCAGUCGCUGGUGAAGGCAAGGAAAGCCAUCACCGGGAAAUCAAAGACGGCGGCUCCUACAGAAGCCAAGGAUGAUGGCAACAAGUAGCAAGUUUGAAUGAAGUGGAGAUGGUGAUAUGGUUUGUUUCAUUUGUGUGAUAAGUUGCAGUUUGUGAAGGUUGUCUGUGUAUGUCUGAUGUUGGAUUGUUUGCCUGCAUGUGUUAGAUAGUACUACUAGUGUCAUGCACACACAAGAAGAUUUCCCUUUUUUUCUUUCUUUUCUAUUCCCAUUUUUUUGAUAUAUUCAUUUGUUGGUUUGUGUAUUUAUGUGAUGAUGCAAGAAGAAGAUAUUCAAUUUA